AUUUGUUUGCUUCAAAAGGACGGCGGAACUGAUGUUUUAUGUCGAAGUAAACACCUCAUAUAUGGUUUAUGUUUUAAACCACUGCUUGUUAGACUUAAUAAUACAUAUUUAUAAACAUUUUUUAAGCCUCACAAUAUUCUGAGAAUGAGCUGCAGCAUGGAUGCAGAAGUGGAGUUUUUGCGUGAUCAAGUCCGCAGGUUAAAUUCUGCUCUCAGUCAAUAUCAGUAUGGACACAGCACUCGAUCAGCAUCUUCGCAGGUUGAGGGAACGAGACAAGCAGAGUCUCCUCCUCCUUGGGUCUCCGACAGAAGUAUGAUGGCUCCUCUCAUAGCCGAAUAUGAUCGGCACAUGGAUGAAAUGACUGAACAGCUGCAGCGAUACCAGGCCCUAAUGACUGAUGUCAAAGUGAAGUUAGACAGAGUUGUCAAGGAAAACGAAAGGCUGCAUGCAGAGCUGAGGGAGUCCAUUGAGAAGCAGCUUCAUGCCUUGCCUGUGGCUUCAGGAAUGGAGGGCAGCAAACUAGAGGAGGACACAGUCCUCCGAAACCUCCAAGAACAGCUCCAGCUGUCUGAAGAGGAGCGGGUGCAAACCAUGGAACUGUGGCAGACAGCAGCCCAAGAGCUUGACCGUCUCCAGCAGGUCUACCAGAAAACCAUCUCUGAUGGACAGUACCAUGAUACUGAGAGACAGCAGCUCAAGGAUCAGCUUUUUCAGUUUCAACAGCACACACACAAACUCCAACUGGCCAAUCAAAAACUGGAAUCGACUAACCAGCAGUUCCUGAAGAUGGUGACAGAGCAGAGCACGGAGAUGGAGGAGCUGCACAGCCAGCUCAGGCAGACCAAGGCUGAGCUUAGGACAGCCACCGCCAAAGUGGACGAGAUGACCAAAUUACUACAGAAUGUCCAAGACCAGAUGCACAGACGGGAGGAAGAUGUCGCUGAGGCUCAAGGUCGAGAGGAUGCAGCAGAUAGAAGGCUCCAGCAGCUCCAAGAAGCCUUGAGCCAGCUAGAAGCCAGGCUAAAAGCUGCAUCUCAGGAGGCAGAGGCUGUUCGCAGAGAGCAAACUGUUUGGGAGCGAAAGGUGGGGGAACUUCAGGCUCGAUGCACCUCCCUAGAGGAGGAGAAGUAUGAGGCCCUGGCCAAAGUUAGAGAGAGCGUUCAGAUAGCCGAGGAGGCUGCAUUGCAGAAGGACCAGGCACUGUUAAGAGAGAAGCAGAGGAUGGAAGAGCUGGAGAAGACAAAGGAGGCCAUAAAGCAGUUGAUUCAGGAUGCUGCAGUUCGCACUAGGAAAGAAGUGGAAAUUGCGCGUAAGCAGUGCAAUGUUCAAAUUCUUCGUAUGGCUGAGGAACUGUCUGCCCUCCAGCUGGAGUGUGCAGAUAAAGAGUCUCAGAUUGAAAGGUCCAUGCGAGAGAGAAAAGCAGUAGAGGAAGAACUGGAGAAGGUGUAUAAGGAGGGAAGGGCAGAGCCAGAGUUCAGGAAGAUUGAUGCUCUUCAUCAGAGGUGUCUAGAUGCAGAAAGGAUGAAGGAGGACUUCAGCCUCACACUACAAAGCACCCAGAACAAACUAAAAAAGAUGGAGAUGGAAUACAGUGAGGAGCUAUCUCUGUGUCAGGAGGAAGUCCGGCGCUUGCAGGUUUCCUUGGCCUCUGCCCGGAACGACUGUGUCGGUGUCAGCGAGGAGCGACUUCAGCUGCAACAGGAAAAUCUACAACUUCGCAAGGAGAUGGAUGAGCUGCGCAAGGCCACUGUGUUGGUUAAAAAGAAGGCCAAACAACAGGUGUCAAAGAUGGAACAGGAGUACAGUUUGAAGGAACAGGGACUAGAUGCUCGUAUGAGGGAGCUGGAGGAAAGCAGCCGCAGCGCCAGUGUUGAUCUGACACGCCUCCUAACAGCACAGCAAAAAAGCACUCAGCGCUGGAAGGAAGAGGCUAAAAAUCUGGUUCAGGCCUUUGAGUCUAAAACCACUGGCUUCAAGGCAGAACUUAAUCGGCAGAAGCAACGUUCUCAUGAGCUAGAGUUGCAGCUUGUAACUGCACACGAUAGCAUUGCUGAGUAUGAGAGGCAGCUAGCAGAGUGUCAAGAGAAGACAAGUCGUCUCCAGCGGCGACUAACACAAGCUGAACAGAGGGCAACAACUGCUACACAACAACUAAGCAAACUAGCAUCACAGCGAAGAAGAACAGCCACGAUCGAUUCAGGGACUUCAUAAUGGAAACUCAUUACUGUACUGUAUGAAUACCAAUUAAGCCAAAUAUGUGAAAAGCCUUUCAUUUUUUGAUAUUAACAUUGUGGCCAACGACAUAAAGUAAUGCUGACAUCAGUGCUACGGUGACCACACAAUGUUUUCAAUUGUACACAGUUUUACCAACUUUGACAUUUUAGUGCGUUUUAUUUAUAUGAAUUAUUGUAUUAAAAUAAAAUUGUUGCAACUGGA